UCGUGCACACCGAAGUUAACAGAGAGAACCAGAAGGAGGCAGAGCAAAGAUUUAUCGACAGACUUCUGAGAGAGAGAGAGAGAGCGAGAGUGCGAGUGUGGCUAUAAAAACAGUUUGUGCUAAUUUUCGUUUCCCGCUCACUUGAAUCAUCACGAAAACCCAAUUUGUGAUCAACCCCAGGCAAGACCAACCCUUCUCGUUCUCUCUCUCUCUCUCUCUAAAUAUAUAUCUCUGGUUUCUGCUUCUCUCUCUACAUCUCAACGACCUGCUGUCUGACGGUGGUUAGGACUUAACUCUGCGGCGUUUGACUGGAAAAUUUAAAAAUAAUAAGUUGUGGUAGUUGUUGCUGAGAGACUGGAGACGGAUAAGAAAAAGAUAAUAUAUGGAGGGAGGCGCAGGAAGAGGUUUGGAAUGCCAGAAGACUAUGGAUGGGAAGGCGAGUAACGGGAGUGGUUCGGAGAAGGCCAUCCCUUCUUGUUGCUUGAAGGCUAGGGCUUCUAUCCCUGAGCCGGAGGCAAAAUGUCAUCCUACUGUUGUUUCUGGGUGGUUCUCAGAAUCCCAGUCUCGCUCUGAGAAGGCUUGUAAAAAGCUUUAUUUCAACAACCCGAUGUGGCCAGGUGAAGCUCAUUCACUGAAAGUAGAAAAUAUUCUGUAUAGGGGAAAAUCAGAGUUCCAAGAGAUUUUGGUGUUUGAGUCCUCAAUAUAUGGAAAGGUGCUUGUUCUUGAUGGCCUUGUCCAGCUGAGUGAGAAAGAUGAAUGUGCAUACCAGGAGAUGAUAGCACAUCUACCUCUUUGUUCAAUUACCUCCCCCAAGACAGUUCUGGUUGUUGGCGGUGGUGAUGGUGCGGUUCUUAGGGAGGUUUCUCGCCAUCCUUCUGUUGAGCAUAUUGAUAUAUGUGAGAUAGAUAAGAUGGUUAUUGAUGUGUCCAAGAAGUUUUUUCCUCAGUUAGCUGUUGGAUUUCAGGACCCUCGCGUCCACCUUCACAUCGCUGAUGCUACUGAAUUCUUAAGGCUUGCACCUGAAGGGAAGUAUGAUGCUGUAAUUGUUGAUUCGUCAGACCCUGUUGGUCCCGCCCAAGAGCUUGUAGAGAAGCCAUUUUUUGAGACAAUAGCUAGAGCAUUAAGGCCUGGUGGUGUUCUCUGUAACAUGGCAGAGAGCAUGUGGCUCCAUACACAUCUUAUUCAAGAUAUGAUCUCUGUUUGCCAUCAAACAUUCAAGGGGUCUGUCGAAUAUGCUUGGGCGAGUGUUCCCACGUAUCCAAGUGGUGUGAUAGGUUUUCUGUUGUGCUCGACAGCGGGGCCUCCCGUUGAUUUCAAAAACCCCGUCAAUUCUAUUGAGAAGUUAGAAGGAGCUCUCAAACAUAAGAGAGAACUCAAGUUCUAUAACUCCGAGAUGCACUCAGCUGCCUUUGCGUUGCCUGCUUUCUUGAGAAGGGAGGUGAGUGCGCUACGUGAAUCUUCAACGCCGGCAGGACAAAUCGGCGAGAAGUAGUUAUUAGUAGAGACAACGGUUGCUUGAGUAGCAAAUGGAAAACUAGAAAAUAGGUAAGCUCUUCCUUUAGAGGCAUUGGUGGGAUUUCAAUAAUUGUGGAUGAUAUGGACAUUUGACAUUAAUGUUAUUGGAAAUUUUACUAUGGUGAUCAAAUAAUUAUGCAUCCGACUUUAAA